AUGCCGAGCCGACUUUUAGGCCAGGCCCUUAUAGUCGGCUGUUUUCUAUUUGCUUUGAUAUACUUUCUCUAUCAGCCUUAUGAGACAUAUCCUGCAUCGAGGUCGUCGUCCAGAUCACGCUCAUCCGGUGCGGAUUUAAUAAACGAUGCCAAGAAUUCCACCUUAGGGUUCGGUGCCAUUUAUGUUAUCAACCUGCCUACUCGGUCAGACCGUCGUGAUGCCCUCGCGCUUAUGUCGUCCAUGUCGGACUUGAAGUUGGAUUACAUUGAGGGUAAAAUGGGCAGUGAAGUUCUGGAUAAGUCACUUCCUCCGCCAGCAAGCCAUACAAGUCAGAGAUCGGGCAAUAUUGGUAGUUGGAGGAGUCACCUAGACGCAGUGAGAGCAGUCGUCGAGAACAAUCUGGACUCCGCCCUCAUUCUCGAAGAUGACGCCGACUGGGACGUGCGCAUCCACGAUCAAAUGUAUGAUUUCGCCGAAACCACCAGAGUCUUGACACAACCACUUGCAGGAUCAUUCAAAACCUACGCAGACCCUUCGUUCAAUGACCCAUCCCAAGGUGGCCAGCCGGAAGAGCUUGUUUUCGGCCAGCUCCCCCGCACUGUAUUGCCAAAAGUGUCACCGUACGGUGAUGACUGGGAUGUACUCUGGAUUGGCCAUUGCGGUACUGAAGCCCCAAAUAUCAACCUCGAGGAUGAAGACAAGGCGAAGAAGUCUCAAACUUUACCCCGCGGCCGUGUGAUACAUUACGAUGACGAAACUGUGCCACAGAAUGACCAUUUGCACGUAAUGGAGCAGGAGCGUGAUCCACGUGAAAUAUUCCCUGAUCAUACUCGAACAACUCACCAUGUCAUGGGGCAGAUCUGUUCCUUGGUCUAUGCCGUCUCCCAAAGAGGCGCUCGCCGCAUUCUUUAUGAGAUGGGCGUGAACAAGUUCGACGGACCCUACGACAUCAUGCUGCGCGAUAUCUGCGAAGGCGUCAACGAGCGGCCCAAGGGUGCUGUGUGUCUGUCCGUCGAGCCCGGUAUCUUCAACCACCAUCGCCCUGUCGGUCUAUCCGCCUACCACAGCGACAUCUCCGAACAUCUCGCUCCUCCGGUUGAGGUUGCAUUCACCGAGAAUAUCCGGUAUAGUGCCCGUUUGGCAUUACCAAAAUUCGCUAUUGGCGAAACCGAGUUAGAAGAUCAAUGGCCGGACAAAUUCACAUCGUCAUCAUAUACAUCAUCAUAA